AUGGAAAAAUGGCGGUUUAAUUCGAUGUUCAUGUUGUCUAAGGGGGAAUUAGAACACAGGUAUAAGUUAAGUAAAUCGAUGGGCAGUCUUGGUCCUAUUGAAAAUAUCAGUGAAAGUGAAGAUCGGGAUAGAAAUGAUAGAGAUAAAAAAAUGUCUAAUUGGAGGGAUAGUGAGAGUUUUAGUUAUAAAAAUGUUGAUCAUUUAUUCGUCGUCAAGGACAUUUGGAAUUUGAUCUCUGAUGAUCUUUUUUUAGUUAGGGAUAGUAAUGGGGACAGUUAUUCCAUAUAUUUUAAUAUUGAAAAUAAGAUUUUUGAGAUUGACAAUGAUCGUUCUUUUCUGAGUGAAUUAAAAAGCUCUUUUUCUAAUUCUCGGAAUUCUAGUUAUCUGAAUAAUCGACCUAAGAGUGACGAUCCCGACUACGAUCGUUACAUGUAUGAUACUCAAUAUAGUUGGAAUAAUCACAUUCAUAAUUGCAUUGACAGUUAUCUUCAUUCUCAAAUCUGUAUUGAUACUUACAUUGUAAGAGGUAGUCACAAUUAUAGUGACAGUUACAUUUAUAGUUCUAUUUGCGGUGAAAUUUUGAAUAGUAGUGAAAACGAGCGUUCCCGUAUAAGAACCAGCACAAAUGGGAAUGAUUUAACUAGAAAGGGAAAUUCUAAUGAUCUCGAUCUAACUCAAAAAUACAGGCAUUUGUGGGUUCAAUGCGAAAAUUGUUAUGCAUUAAAUUAUAAAAAACUUUUUAAGUCAAAAAUGAAUAUUUGUGAAGAGUGUGGAUAUCAUUUGAAAAUAAGUAGUUCAGAUAGAAUUGAACUUUUGAUUGAUCCAGGCACUUGGGAUCCUAUGGAUGAGAACAUGGUCUCUUUGGAUCCCAUUGAAUUUCAUUCAGAGGAGGAGCCUUAUAAAGAUCGUAUCAAUUCUUAUCAAAAAAAAACAGGAUUAACAGAGGCUGUUCAAACAGGGAUAGGCCAAUUAAACGGUAUUCCCAUAGCAAUUGGAGUUAUGGAUUUUGAGUUUAUGGGGGGUAGUAUGGGAUCCGUAGUCGGGGAGAAAAUUACCCGUUUGAUUGAGUAUGCUACCAAAAAAUCUCUACCUCUUAUUAUAGUGUGUGCUUCCGGAGGUGCACGCAUGCAAGAAGGAAGUUUGAGCUUGAUGCAAAUGGCUAAAAUAUCUUCUGCUUUAUAUGAUUAUCAAUCAAAUAAAAAAUUAUUUUUUGUAUCAAUCCUUACAUCUCCUACUACUGGUGGGGUAACAGCGAGUUUUGGUAUGUUGGGAGAUAUCAUUAUUGCUGAACCCAAUGCCUACAUUGCAUUUGCGGGUAAACGAGUAAUUGAGCAAACAUUGAAUAAAACAGUACCUGAAGGUUCCCAAGCGGCCGAAUAUUUAUUCCAGAAGGGUUUAUUCGAUUUAAUCGUACCACGGAAUCUUUUAAAAAGUGUUCUGAGUGAGUUAUUUGAGCUCCACGCUUUCUUUCCUUUAAGUCAAAACAAGUACAAAUAG